UGAACAUUUUGGAGUAUGGAGUUACUUACCAGAGAGAUCAUUCUUUGUAUCGUUGUCAUUCUUAUUUCUUCUUCGGGGAUUUGUACAGCAGUAGAUUGUGGUGGCCCUGAAUUUUCAAGCACAAUCGUGGUUGAUAAAUCCAACACAUCACCAAAUUUCACAUCAAUUCAAGCUGCCAUUGAUUCAAUACCAACGAGCAACUCCAAAUGGGUGAAAAUUCAGAUAAAUGCUGGAAUAUACAAAGAGAAGGUUAACAUCCCAGUGGAUAAGCCAUGCAUCUUUAUCAAAGGCCAAGGUGCAGAUGUUACCACCAUUACAUACGAUGACUACUCGGAAAUAACUACUAGUUCCACAUUCUCUUCCUUUUCAAACAAUCUUGUUGCAUCAGAUAUUACUUUUCAGAACUCGUACGGUUUGAAAAUAUUAGAGAAUUUGCGAAGACAUAGGAAAAGUUAUGGAAUAAGGACUCCAUCGUUGGCGGCAAGAAUAUCUGGAGACAAAUGCGCCUUUUAUAAAUGUAAGUUUAUCGGGUUUCAAGAUACUCUUUGGGAUGAAUUAGGUCGUCAUUAUUUCAAAAAUUGCAUGAUUGAAGGUGCUGUGGACUUCAUAUUUGGUGAUGGACAAUCCUACUAUAAGGAUUGUGUGUUGAAUGUAACUUCUUUGGGUUGCAUAACAGCACAAGCACGCAAUGUAAGUAGUGAUCCAUCUGGUUUUGUGUUUGAAGGAGGUUCUGUGAUAGGUAGUGGUAAUGAAGACUCAUUAUUGGGAAGAGGGUAUCGUCAUUGCUCUAGGGUUAUAUUUUAUAAAAUGAACCUUAGUAGUGUGGUUCGGCCUGUAGGAUGGGAUGCUUGGAAUGCCAAAGACGACGUGACUUGUCUUUUCUACUCUGAAAUUGAAUGUAUAGGACCAGGUUCCAGUACUUCUCAACGUGUUCCUUGGGAAAAGAAUUUGACAGAAACAGAUUUUUACAAACAUUUUCCGUUCGAGAAUUCAUCAAUAAAGAUGGUUGGCUGUCACACUUACCAUAAAGGAAGUAGAGAUAUAUAUCUCUUAUUAUGUAAUUUAGACACCUUGUCUUAUGAAAUAUAAUUCAGAAAAUAUUUUUAAAAUAAAAUAUAAUAUAAGGAACAUAAAAAGAAACAUUACUUUAAUGCAUCUCCUCCUUAUAUUUUAAUAUACAACUUUUAGAUUUGAAAUACU